GCUUGUAUGUGAGUAAACAUUUAAAACAAUUUUUAGAUGGUAGCUAUACACAUUUAUUCUUACUGUUAAAAGUUAAUAAUGUAGACAAGCAUAUAGCAUUUGACCUUAAGAAGGAGUAUUCUGUAGGAUAGAGUGACUUUUUAUAAUAUUGUAAGACAUCAUCCACCAUCAUCAUGUCCGCACCAAGGAGAUCAGCAGAUGAGCCUAUUUACAGAAUACCACCAUAUUACUUUCUACAUGUAUUGGACCAAAAUCUUAACAUCACAAGACUAGAGAUAGGUCCACAGACCUUCAUUAGACAGGACAAUGAAAGAGUGGUAUAUGGACCAGAGCGUAUGAUCACAGUACCCCCAAGGCAUUAUUGUAUCAUAGAAAACCCAGUACUGAGGGACAAAGAAGCUAAAGUUGUCUUUGAUGAAAGUGGACAGGCCAAACUUGUACAUGCUGACCAAGAGAUAAGAUUGGCACAGGAUCCUUUUCCUUUGUACCCAGGGGAAAUACUGAAACAGGUUGUAACCCCCUUGAAAGUGGUAGCAGCUAACUCAGCUCUUCGGCUCAGAGCUAUUUUAGACUUUGAAGAUGAUGAUGAGGAAAAGAGAACAGCUGGGGAUGAGUGGCUAUUUGAAGGACCAGGAACAUAUAUCCCAAGGAAAGAGGUUGUUAUUGAGGAGACUGUCAGGGCCACAGUUAUUAGACCUAACCAGGCCAUCCGAUUGAGGGCCAGGAAGGAGACCAUUGACAGACAAGGCGUUGCUAGGGUAACUGGUGAGGAAUGGCUGGUAAAGAAGACCGGAGCUUACCUCCCUGGAGCUUAUGAAGAAGUCGUAGAUGUUGUCAACGCUUAUGUCUUAACAGAUAAGAAAGCUCUUCAUAUGAGAUCAUUGAGAACAUUUAAAGACGACUUUGGUGUAACCAGAAAGAAUGGAGAGGAAUGGUUGAUCAAAAUGACAGACACAGAGACACACAUACCUAAUGUGUAUGAAGAGGUCGUCGGAGUAGUGAAUAUUACCACACUAACUAGCAGACAAUACUGUAUCAUCCUUGAUCCUUCAGAUGAACAUGGCAGACCACAACUUGGUAGAAAGAAAUUAGUCAAGGGAGAGUGUUCCUUCUUUUUGUUACCUGGAGAACGAUUUGAGAGAGGAAUCCAGAAUGUCUACGUACUUGGAGAAGAUGAAGGUGUUAUACUGAGAGCUACAGAAUCAUUUAAAGAUACAGAUGCUGUUCAUAUUUCAACCUCAAUUCCAUUGGGAGACUCCUAUACUGUUUAUACAAAAGAUGUUGGAAGGAAACCAGGAGAUAAGUGGAUGAUCCGGGGACCAGCAGAAUAUGUACCUCCUGUGGAGGUUGAGGUUAUCAUGAAGAGAACUGCAAUCCCAUUGGAUGAAAAUGAGGGUAUCUAUGUCAGAGAUAUCAAAACUGGAAAGGUCAGAGCUGUUACUGGAGAAACAUAUAUGUUGAACCAAGAUGAGGAAUUGUGGGCCAAGGAACUUCCUCCUGCAGUCGAGACCCUUCUGGCUCAAGGAAAGGACCCUAUGGCUGACAGGAGUGACAGGUCCAAAUCUAGUGAUGCAUCCAAACCACGUGACAAAACUCGUGUUGUCACAUUCAGAGUUCCACACAAUGCUGCAGUACAGAUUUAUGAUUAUAAAGAAAAGAAAGCCAGAGUUGUGUUUGGUCCAGAAUUAGUUAUGUUGGGUCCAGAUGAACAAUUCACACAGCUUAGUCUCUCUGGAGGCAAACCUAAGAAACAAAAUGUAAUCAAAUCAUUGUGUUUACUUCUGGGUCCUGAUUUCUGUACUGACAUUAUCACCGUGGAAACAGCCGAUCACGCCAGAUUGUCACUUCAGCUGUCAUACAACUGGCACUUUGAUAUUAAGAAUAAAGAAGAUAAGACUGAGGCAUCCAAGAUUUUCAGUGUACCAGAUUUUGUUGGAGAUGCGUGCAAGGCUAUUGCCUCCCGAAUCAGAGGAGCCGUGGCACAAGUACAAUUUGAUGAUUUCCACAAGAAUUCAGCUAGAAUCAUCAGAUCUUCUGUGUUUGGUUUUGAUGACAAAGACAAAGUGCGUGAAGUUUUCAAAUUUCCUCAAAACAACUUAGUAUUCACCAGUAUUGAUAUCCAAUCAGUAGAACCUGUAGAUCAGAGAACAAGAGAUGCCUUACAAAAAUCUGUACAGCUGGCCAUUGAAAUCACAACAAACUCACAGGAAGCUGCUGCAAGACAUGAAGCAGAAAGAUUAGAACAGGAAGCCAAAGGAAGAUUGGAGAGACAGAAAAUUUCAGAUGAAGCAGAGGCUGAGAAAUCCAGAAAACAAUUGUUAGAAUUACAGGCAAACAGUGCUGCAGUAGAAAGUACUGGUCAGGCUAAAGCAGAGGCACAGUCCCGAGCUGAGGCUGCCAGGAUUGAGGGUGAGGCAGCUGUAGACCAGGCCAAACUGAAAUCACAGGCAAUGAAGAUUGAAGCAGAGUCUGAAUUAGAAAGACUAACACAGGCCAGAGAAGCAGAACUUAAAUAUGUUAGAGAGCAGAAUGAAAUGGAACUUUCCAAAUCAAAAGAAAUGUCAACCAUCGAGACAACAAAAUUCAAGAACAUGGUGGAUGCUAUUGGAGCAAAUACCUUGGCAACCAUGGCAUCUGCUGGACCAGACCAACAGGUCCGUAUGUUGCAGUCUCUUGGCCUGAAAUCCACCCUAAUCACGGACGGUAGCACACCAAUUAAUCUGUUCAAUACAGCUAAUGGACUGAUUGGAGGUAUGAUGCCAGCAAAGAGGAGCAGGAGGUCUGAUGAGGAAGACGAUGAUUAAAACUUUGUGUUAAAUUGUGAUGUAACACCAAAAGGAAGAUGGUGUUUUAAAAUUUGACCUUUUCAUAACUAUUACCUGACUGAUGAAAUCCUUGGUAAAAAGACAAUAAUGUUGACUGUUUGUUGUACACAUUUGGUCAGAACUUAUAUAAUUAUCUUCUUUGUAUGUUGCUAAAAAUAAUUUUGUUUCUCUUCGUUAUUUUUUUUUUAUUUAUUUGAAUGUACAAAAUGUUUGAGUGAUUGUGGUAGUUAUACUUGGGGUUUUUAAUGAAAGAGGUGUGAAAAUAAUAUUCUGAUAAAAGCAAUGGACCAAGUAUGUGAUGUUUUAUAGUGCUCUCCUUUUUUCAUUCUAUAGUUUUAUAUCAUUAUUUUCAUAUCAAAACAAUUAUUAGGGAGUAAUCUUGAUCUUUAUUUAUUUCUAUUAUUUGAUACUUUUUAUAUGCUGUUAAAAACAUAAAAAAAGGACACAAAAUUUUUGUGCAAUAAUUAUUUACUUGCUUCAAAGUGUGGUGAAUAAGUCAUAUAUAUCUGUUAUCUGUAUUCUAUAUUGUUUUCAAUUUUACAUUGACUAUUGGAAGCACCUUAAACAAUCAUAACUUUAAAUACCUUGAUUAUAUAUUGUUAUAAAUCAUGUAUUGUUUACUUAAUUGUAGUGAAUUGAAAUUAUAAAAAAAAAUAAAAAAAGACAUUUAACAGAAAAGUUAAUAAAAAUUCAGAUAUAA